AUGCCUCAAUCCCUCCGCUUCCUCACCCUCGACGUCUUCACAACCACCCCCUACUCCGGUAACCCGCUGGGCGUGGUCUUCCUCCCCUCCGACAACACCAUCACACAAUCCCAAAAACAGAUCAUCGCCCGCGAAUUCAACCUCUCCGAAACCAUCUUCAUCCACCCCACUGACCCCGCCACCCCUUCUGUCCGCAAAAUCGACAUCUUCACCACAGAUGAAGAACUCCCCUUUGCGGGCCACCCCACUAUCGGUGCAGUCUCGUGGUUCUUGCAACACUCGCCCAAUGAGUCCGACAGAAAAGAUGUAACGACUCUGCUCACUAAAGCCGGUCCUUUCGCCAUCUCCAGUGUGUCGCCUCCAUCAGCUGGUGGUGUAGUAGCCGCUAAAAUCGCACACAACGUGCACAUCCACUCUUCACGGUUCCCGUUGUCGGAGCUGCUGAGAUUGCAUCCCUCUCUGACCCCGUUCCUUUCCAACGGGAAGAGUGCUGGCUUCCCCGUCUUCUCCAUCGUCAAAGGCAUGAGCCAGGUGCUGGUUGAAUUGCCCAGUUUAGAGGCGUUAGCUGCGGCGGAGGCUCCCGUGAGCGGCGAAGACAUCCCUUGCAAAUCUGUCUCUCAGGGCGGGUAUCUUGAUGAGGGGUGGGAAGGGAGCGGUCUCAUUGUGGUGUACUUCUAUGUUCCGGGUGUGCAUGAUGAGCAGACCGGAAAGAAGGUCAUCCGGUCAAGGAUGCUACUGAGAAACAUUGAGGAUCCGGCGACGGGGAGUGCGGCGAGUGGAUUGGCUAGUUAUUUGACGCUGACUGCUGCUGGUGAGGGAAAGGUCGAGUAUGAUAUUGUGCAGGGGGUGGAGAUGGGGAGGAGGUCGGAUAUUAGUGUUGCUGUUAGUACGAAGGGUGGUGCUGGUGGUGAGAAGAAGAUCGAGACGGUGGAACUGAGAGGGAGUGCGGUCAAGGUUAUGAGUGGGGAGUUGGUUGUUUGA